AUGUCUCCCCCCCCAAAGAUCAAGGUCACGCUACAGCAAAUAGCGAAAAUGAUCGACCAUUCUCUCCUCCACCCAACCAUGACUGAUGAGGAAGUACAGGCUGGACUCGACAUUGCGCGAAAAUACCAGACCGCAACUGCCUGUGUCAAGCCAUAUUCGAUUCCCCAAGCAAAAGCAGCACUUGAAGGGUCUGGUGUUCUCGUCUGCCCAGUCAUUGGAUUUCCAGCCGGAAACAGCACGGUGGAAGUCAAAGUAUUCGAAGCCGAGAAAGCAGUCGAGGCCGGGGGCAAUGAGAUCGACAUGGUGGUCAACAUCGGGAAAGUCUUGAGCAAAGACUGGGAGUAUGUGGAGAAGGAGAUCCGUGCGGUGAACACGGCGGUGACGAGCAAAGGCGCGAUCUUGAAGGUCAUCUUCGAGAACGAUUUCCUGCAAGAUGAGCACAUCGUCAAAUUGUGCGAGAUCUGCUCGUCUCUGGACGUGGCAUUUGUCAAGACCUCGACCGGCUACGGGUUUGUCAAACAGCCCGGUGGACUCUACUCGUACAAAGGCGCUACAGUGCCGCAUCUGAGGCUCAUGAGGAAGCAUUCCAAGGAGGGUGUGCAGAUCAAAGCAGCCGGUGGAGUGAGGACGUUGGAUGAUCUGCUCUAUGUCAUGUCCCUUGGUGUUACGAGGAUAGGGGCUACUGCUACGGUGGCUAUCAUUGAGGAAGCGCGGGCAAGGGGUAUCGGUGACACUCCAAUGGAGGUGGAUGUGAAGCCCAUGGCUGGAGAAGAUGAUGGCCCAGCAUAUUGA